CUGCUAGCCAGCAUCAUCGCCCAUUAAGGUUAACGCAUACUGGGCAAACCAACAACACAAUAACCACGAUGGCGUCGGCACGCACCCCUCUCCUAGCCGACUCCCGUCGGCUCUCCCGCGACACAGACGAGCUAGACGAGCAAGACGAAGCAGAUCUACAAAGCGGCCCGCACUUGACCCUGCGUCGGCUCCGCGGCGCGGUAUGGACGGCCCGCCUGCGCGAGACCAUUAUCUUUAUAUGGGCCCUGCUAGCGACAGCGGCAGUCAUCGUCCUGGCGGUGUGGACGCAGCACCAGAACCAGGGGUCGACGCCGUCGUCCAAGCCCGCCGGGAAGCGCAACCUCGUCUUCAUGGUCUCGGACGGCAUGGGCCCGGCCCCUCUGUCCAUGACCCGCUCCUUCAGGCAGCUGGUCGACGGCCUGCCGCACGACGACGUCCUGGCCCUGGACAGGCACUUUUGGGGCACGAGCAGGACCCGAUCAAGCAUGAGUCUCAUCACCGACUCCGCAGCCGGUGCCACCGCCUUCUCCUGCGGCGAGAAGAGCUACAACGGCGCCAUCUCGAUGCUGCCCGACUACACGCCCUGCGGGACCGUUCUCGAAGCGGCCAAGCGAGCGGGCUACACUACCGGGUUGGUGGUCACAACGGACGUGACGGACGCGACACCGGCCUGCUUUGCCAGCCACGUGUACUUCCGCGCUCAGAAUGACGAGGUCGCCCUCCAGGAGAUUGGAGAGGGAGCCCUUGGGCGCGUGGUCGAUCUGAUCUUUGGGGGCGGGAGGUGCCGCUUCCUCCCGAACUCAGCCGAGGGCAGUUGCAGGCAGGACGACAUCAACGUGGCCGAGAUUGCACAGAAGAAGCACGGCUGGACGUACGUGGAUAACCGGGCCGGCUUUGACGACCUCUGGGAGGGCAAGAAUGUCUCGUUGCCCGCUCUUGGCCUGUUUGCCCGCGGCGAUAUCCCCUUCGAGAUCGACCGCCGCAACAUGGCACACAUAUAUCCCAGCCUGAGCGAGAUGGCGGCGACGGCCCUGAAGGCACUCGAGGAGGCGACCAAGGACAGCGACAAGGGCUUUUUCCUGAUGAUCGAGGGAAGCAGGAUCGACCAUGCUGGACACAUCAACGACCCCGCGGCUCAGGUGCGAGAGGUGCUAGAGUAUGACAAGACCUUCCAGGCCGUCGUCGACUUCCUUGACCGGAGCGACACGCCGGGCAGCUUGGUGGCUACCAGCGACCACGAGACAGGAGGCCUUUCCGUGGCUUAUCAACGGCCCGGAGAGCUUCCAGUGUACGGCUGGCACCCUUCGGUUCUCGCCAAGGCCAACGCGUCGUCGGAAUACCUAAAUUACCUCCUAAACGACCACAUCGAGUCCGUUACAGAGACUUCGGGCUCGUUGAAAGACUGGAUCAACAAGAACCUUGUAAUCAAGAGUCUCGGCAUCGAAAAUGCCCUGGACUCGGAACUCGAAGCCCUGGUUUCCCACCCAGAGGCUGCGACGACGCUUUUUGCCGCCAUGGUCAGCCGGCGAGCCAGGGUCGGCUGGAGCACGCAUGGCCAUUCUGCGGUCGACGUCAACAUCUACAGCUCGGGCGGACCGGGAACGGACAAGAUCCGCGGAAACGUGGAGAACACGGAGGUCGGGAAGUUCCUGCGAGACUACCUGGAUGUCGACGUGGAUGCAAUUACGGAGGAACUGAAGGAGAAGUUCGACCUCGAACCGCCUGGGGCAGCCGAGGUUGAGCAGCUUUCGGCGCAGUUGACUGUCCACCCGGAGAGCUGGAUGGCACAGCAGCCUUCGGAUUCGUUCUCUCUAGCUGAUGCAUUCUAAGUGAUAAACGGGUUGGGCAUCUUUUCAUUUGGCAUAUAUCUCCAGGAUCAUUGGAUAGCGAAUAAUCAUCCUCUCGUAACAGUCAUUCAACUUUGAAAG